AAGUAUAAAGAAAUUUUAGAAAUAGAACAAAGAAUUAAAAAUAACAGAGAAAACCCCUGGCAAAAGAUGAUUGAAAAUAUAGCUAUGAUCGAGUUCACAUCUGAUCAAGAAUAUUUGAUUGACUUAAAGAGACGAAUUUUGCAAAAUUUAGAACAUUUUGAGAUCGAUGAUAUGAAAUCAGACUAUCUCAAUGAACAAUAUUAUUUAAUAGUUAAUAAGCUAAUUUCUUGUUCUUUUACUGGUUCUCUCUCUGAACAUAUUGCUGAUUGGCUUAAAAAGAAUGUUAAUAAUGCAAAAUAUUCUCUAUUUGAAUAUGAAUCUUAUACAGAGUCAAGUCAACAAGCAAGCAAAGUGUCAAAGCAAUUAUCUAAUUCUUCAUUAUGCUCGAGCUGCAAUAGUAAACGAUCAUCGACCUUGACCUUGACUAAUAAUAAUGAAAAUACUAUUUAUGAGGAAUUAACAUUUGUUAAUUUAAGUGUGAAAAACUUUAAUUUGGAUAAUAAUUAUUCUAGCAGAAGUAAUGGAAUACGCACUGAUGGUAAAUUUAUUUGUAAGGAUAUAGUUCAUCAAUUUGGAAUGGAAGUAGAUGUACUUGAAGUUAGAGCUUAUGUUUAUUAUAAUUUUGAUAGUCAAUAUAUGACACAAUCAUUUCAAAUAUUACUUGAAGAAAUCAGAUAUAUUACUUUACAAGUAUAUAAUGAGAAACUAAUUGUACAUGAAUAUGAUUUCACAAAUAGUUCCAUAAAG